CCGAGCAGCCAGCAUGCCAGCCACGGGAGGGGACCCCAAAGGAGAGGAUUAUUCCACUGCUAUCCUGCGCCAGAAACAUCGUCCUAACCGUCUCAUUGUGGAUGAAGCUGCCAAUGAAGACAACAGUAUUGUGUGCUUGUCUCAGGCCAAGAUGGAGGAACUGCACUUGUUCCGUGGGGACACAGUGCUGCUGAAAGGGAAGAAGCGUCGGGAGACUGUGUGCAUCGUGCUUACAGACGACUCCUGCCAGAGUGAGAAGAUUCGCAUGAACCGUGUCACCCGCAACAACCUCCGCGUGCGCCUUGGAGAUGUGGUCAGUGUGCAGGCCUGUCCAGACGUCAAGUAUGGAAAGCGGAUCCACGUACUACCCAUCGAUGACACCAUUGAAGGCAUGACAGGGAACCUCUUUGAAGUUUACCUCAAGCCCUACUUCUUGGAGGCUUAUCGACCUGUACACAAAGGUGACAUUUUCCUGGUGCGAGGUGGAAUGAGAGCCGUGGAGUUUAAGGUGGUUGAGGUGGAUCCCACCCCUCACUGCAUCGUGGCUCCUGACACCAUCAUCCACUGUGAGGGAGAGCCCAUCAAACGAGAGGAUGAAGAGGAGAACCUCAAUGAUGUUGGCUAUGAUGAUAUUGGGGGCUGCCGUAAACAGUUGGCUCAGAUUAAGGAGAUGGUGGAGUUACCAUUGAGACAUCCGGCACUCUUCAAAGCUAUUGGUGUGAAGCCUCCACGAGGGAUUCUCCUUUAUGGUCCUCCUGGCACUGGGAAAACACUUGUGGCCCGAGCUGUUGCAAAUGAAACUGGAGCCUUUUUCUUUCUUAUCAACGGCCCCGAAAUCAUGAGCAAAUUAGCUGGGGAGUCAGAGAGCAACUUGCGCAAAGCAUUUGAAGAAGCUGAGAAGAACGCUCCAGCCAUCAUUUUUAUUGAUGAGCUGGAUGCCAUUGCUCCUAAGAGGGAGAAGACACACGGGGAAGUGGAGCGCCGCAUUGUUUCUCAGCUCCUCACACUCAUGGAUGGCCUGAAGCAGCGCUCGCAUGUGAUAGUCAUGGCUGCCACCAAUCGACCCAACAGUAUCGAUCCUGCCCUGCGUCGGUUUGGGCGUUUUGACCGAGAAAUUGACAUUGGGAUCCCAGAUUCUGUGGGAAGGCUGGAAAUCUUACAAAUACACACCAAGAACAUGAAAUUGGCUGAUGAUGUAGAUCUGGAGAAGGUUGCCAAUGAGACACAUGGGCAUGUGGGUGCUGAUUUGGCAGCGUUGUGCUCUGAGGCAGCACUCCAGGCAAUCCGGAAGAAGAUGAAUGUCAUUGACCUGGAGGAUGACACUAUUGAUGCUGACAUCCUUAACUCCAUGGCCGUCACCAUGGAUGAUUUUCAGUGGGCUCUUGCCCAGAGCAACCCCUCAGCACUUCGUGAGACUGUAGUGGAAGUUCCACAGGUCUGCUGGGAAGAUAUUGGGGGUCUUCAGGAAGUGAAACGUGAGCUGCAGGAGCUGGUGCAGUUCCCAGUGGAGUAUCCUGACAAGUUCCUGAAGUUUGGGAUGACGCCAUCGAGAGGCGUUCUGUUUUAUGGACCGCCUGGGUGUGGCAAGACCCUGCUGGCCAAGGCCAUCGCCAAUGAGUGUCAGGCCAACUUUGUCUCCAUCAAGGGUCCUGAGCUGCUCACCAUGUGGUUUGGAGAAAGCGAGGCCAACGUCCGUGACGUUUUUGACAAGGCCCGGCAAGCAGCACCCUGUAUCCUGUUUUUUGAUGAACUGGACUCUAUUGCUAAGGCGCGGGGUGGUGGCGCAGGAGACGGCGGAGGGGCCGCCGACCGUGUCAUCAACCAGAUCCUCACUGAGAUGGAUGGCAUGACCAACAAGAAGACCGUUUUUAUCAUUGGUGCCACCAACAGACCUGACAUCAUCGACCCAGCCAUUCUACGCCCAGGGCGUCUGGACCAGCUCAUCUACAUCCCCUUGCCUGAUGAGAAGUCCCGUGUGGCUAUCCUCCAAGCUAACCUGCGUAAAUCACCAGUUGCCAAGGACGUGGACGUGAAUUAUCUGGCUAAAAUCACGCAUGGCUUCUCCGGUGCCGACCUCACUGAAAUCUGCCAGCGUGCCUGCAAGCUUGCCAUCCGUGAAGCCAUUGAGAUGGAGAUCAAGGCAGAACGGGAACGCCAGCGUCACAAAUAUGCUGCCAUGGAUGACGAUUAUGAUCCAGUGCCGGAGAUCCGUCGGGAUCACUUUGAGGAAGCAAUGCGCUUUGCACGCCGCUCAGUCAGUGAUAACGACAUCCGCAAGUAUGAGAUGUUUGCCCAAACAUUACAACAAAGCCGUGGCUUCGGUAACUUCAGGUUCCCAGCAGGAAAUCAGAACAGUGGCGGAUCGGGCAGCGCUGGAAGCAACAGCGGCCAAGGGAGCCUUUUCCAGGAAGAGGGUGACGACGACCUCUACAACUGAUUGCCUGGGGAAGGCCUGCUUUUGCUGGAACUGUUGUCUCCCUCUGCUUAUUAUUACCAUCUUUCGCGUGAAGU